GAUCAGCUCACAUUCCUUGGGCCCCUUCCUGCUGAGGGUAGUAGCGUGGGGUCACAGGAGGGAGGGAGGGAGUGCAGAUUCUGCAGUUAACUGCCGCCCUCCCCUCCCCCUCGACACACCCCCUGGGCCUGUGCUGCAGCUCCACAGGGACUCACCCACCAGGCAUCUUUGUGUUCUUGGCCCCAUGGACACCCUGAGACAAUCCCCCUCCCCCUGCUCCUCGAGGCCCUCCAGCCCCAGGACCCCACCCUGUGAGACCCCUGCCCCCGUGGGCAUUGAGGCCGUGCUGGACCAACUGAAGAUCAAGGCCAUGAAGACCGGAUUUGAGUUCAACAUCAUGGUGGUGGGGCAGAGUGGGCUGGGCAAGUCCACAAUGGUGAACACACUGUUCAAGUCCAAAGUAUGGAAGUCGACCCUGCCAGCACCGGGAGUGCCUACACCCCAGACGCUGCAGCUGCACUCAGUGACCCACGUCAUCGAGGAGAAGGGCCUGAAGCUGAAGCUCACAGUGACAGACACACCCGGCUUCGGGGACCAGAUCAACAACAGCAACUGGAUCUGUUCGAAGAGGGAGGAACCCACAGAGAGGAGUCAGGAGACUCCUUGCAGCAAUCUUGCAAGAGUCAAAGAUGGCUUGGACCAGGCCGACAGCCAACUGCAUCAUUUCAUGCUCCCCUCGCCCUUACAAAGCAGCUGGGAACCCAUCCUGGGCUACAUCAAUGAGCAGUACGAGCAGUACCUGCAGGAGGAAAUUCUCAUCACGCGCCAGCGCCACAUCCCCGACACCCGGGUGCACUGCUGUGUGUACUUCGUGCCACCCACUGGGCACUGCCUGCGCCCCCUGGACAUUGAGUUCCUGCAGCGGCUGUGCCGGACUGUGAAUGUGGUGCCCGUGAUCGCCCGGGCUGACAGCCUGACCAUUGAGGAGCGUGAGGCCUUCAGGAGCAGGAUCCAGAAGGACCUGAAAAGUCACUGCAUUGAUGUGUAUCCACAGAAGCACUUCGAUGAGGACGUCAACGACAGAAUUCUCAACAGCAAGAUCCGGGAACGGAUCCCAUUUGCCGUGGUCGGGGCAGACCAAGAGCACUUGGUGAACGGGAGGUGUGUCCUAGGCCGGAAGACCAACUGGGGCGUCAUCGAAGUGGAGAACAUGGAGCACUGCGAGUUUCCUCUCCUGAGAGAUCUGCUCAUCCGCUCCCACCUCCAAGACCUGAAGGACAUCACUCACAACAUCCACUACGAGAACUACCGUGUUGUCAGACUCAAAGAGAGCCACCAGCUGCCUCGAGGGCCAGGAUGGGUGAACCUGUCCCCCGUGAACCUGGCUCCCACCUCUGCUGGACAGCCGACUACACCCAGACCCUCAAAGGCCCGCAAGCGGGCCCAGGAGGAGCCCAAGUAUGAGUUCUGAGCCCCAAAAGAUCUGGACCUGCUUGGCUCCCCAAAUUCUUAGCAACCAGCCCUCAACACACAUCUGUGUCCUACAGCGUCUAUUAAAGGUGGACAUUGUCUUAUAAAAAGCUAUGGUUUGAUGACAAAA